AUGAACGCGGCUCUGCUCCAACAGAUCCAAGCCGGCAAGGGUUUGAAGAAGACGCAGACCAAUGACCGCUCAGCUCCAGCUGUAGCCGGAAGUGUUGGUGGUGGUGGCGGCGGAGGAGGGGGCGGCGGCGGCGGGGGUGGAGGAGGUGCUGGUGGUGCUGCCGCACGUCCUCCUCCGGCUCCGAACCCAAUGACCGCCGACAACCCUGCGCAGCAGCUGGCAGGUCUAUUUGCAGGAGGAAUGCCGAAGUUGAAGAAGACAGGUGGCCCCGCAGGACAUAGCGCUCCCACAGGCUUGGCGAAACCCCCCAGCAUUCCGGGACGUGCUCCGCCGAAGCCGCCCAGCGCGGCACCGCCGCCUCCACCCACCCCCUCGGCACCAGGAAGGGCUCCUCCUGCCCCGCCCGCUCCGCCAGCCCCACCCGCACCUUCGGCGCCAUCUCGCCACGUACCCGCUCCUCCGAAGCCGCCCCCCGCGCCGCCUGUCCCCGGUGGUGCACCUAAGCGCGCUCCGCCUGCACCGCCUCCCAUCCCCUCGCAUGGACGCGCCGCUCCCCCUGCCCCACCAGCUCCUUCUCGUCACUCACACGUGAAGGCUUUACAGGCACAUCCCCACGGGCGCGCGCCAGCGAUUCCAAAGCGAGAGCCGCCCUCUCUUCCUGGGCGUGCUCCUCCCGCGCCUCCCAGACCUUCUGCUGGUGGAAGGAGUGUUCCGCCUCCUCCUCCACGCCCUUCAGGCAGCCCUGCCCGCGUCCCUCCUCCUCCCCCGAGGCCCAACCAGUCGACACCUUCGCCUCCCCCUCUUCCGAACCGCGCUCCUCCGCUGCCGAACAGACCAGGUGGCGGCGGUCGUUCGGUGCCUCCGCCCCCUCCUUCGCACUCGCAUUCUACGCUCAACCCCGCCUCCUCCGCCUCCGCCCCCGCCUGGACCGGCCGGAAGGAGUGCGAUGACGACGAAGACGACGCUCCUCCGCCCCCUGUCGGCAGAAGUCCGGCUGCACGAGCUCUCGCUGCGGCUGGUCGCCUCCGUUCGUCUUCCAACGCUUCAACUCCCGAGAUCUCGGCACCUCCUUCGCGUGCCACUCCGCCACCUCCUUCGCAUCCCAGCCCAGCUCGUGCAUCGCCCUCUACACGCCCUAUGUCGAUGAUGCCACCCUCGCACCCUGGCAUGGGAGCCGGUAAGGCGCGUCCAGCUUCUGUGGCGCUCACGGGCGCCAACGGCCGCGAUGGCGACUCGGAUGACGAGCCUGAACCGCCGGCGGUAGUGGGCUCUUGGACGUUCGCGAUGAAGGGCAUGUUCCCUCCUCCUCGACCUUGGCACGGAGGCCACAAGACGUACGCGAGUGGCGCCACGACGGGCGGUGGAAUCGGUUACAGAGUCUAG